AUGUACAAGGCCACGCGGAGGAAGGUACCUCCCAACCGCGGAGAGCACCUCCGGGCCCAGUUCGAGCUGACAGGCCUGCAUAUUGUCGGCAUUCAGGAGUCCAGGUUCCCGAAGGGCAAAUGGGUCGCGGGGCCGUUUCUGACCGUGUCAGGGGGUAGUGAUCGCGGGAACUUAGGCUGUGCCAUCCUGGUAGCCCUGAAGAGACCCUUCGGCGUUUCGGGGGGGAAAGAACAGUUUUUCAAACCAGGGGACGUGUGGGCAAUAUACGCGGACCCUAGGGUGCUCCUAGUGAAGUUCAAUCACAGAUGUUUCACGGCGACGGUGGUGGUGGCGCACGCGCCGCACCACCGCAGACCGAGGUUUGAGCGGGAGGCGUGGUGGGAGCAGUGUGAGGAUCUCAUUGCUCGGUGGACCCCCGACCUCCUCCUCAUUGAUGUUAACGGGAAGCAUGGGGCGCCCCGCACUUUCAUGCCCAACAAAGGGGAGAUGAAGCGGAUUGACUUCGUAGCAGCAGGGGGCACGUUGGCACCUCAUUGCGUGAAGGUGGAGGUUGACCAUGCCAUCGACGCGAUGAUGAGCGGGUGCGAUCACUCCCCUGUCAUUGCGAGGUUUAAGUUCGUAUCGGAGCUGUCCCGUGGGGGGAAAGGCAAAGGGCCCCUGGGCCGUCUCAAAAUGAAGCUUCCAGCUUGCGUCCAGCGUUUUACCGCAGAGUUGGGGGCCUCGCCACUGCCUGAGUGGGGGAUGUCAGUCGGCGACCGCGCCGCCCAGGUGACGGAGUGCUUGCAGAGGGCUGCCAGCCAGGCAUUCCCUGGGCGGAAGUUUUUGGAUGGGGGCAGGGGCCCGCUCCGCACCGCGCUAGAGGGGGGCAAAGUGCAUCGCGCGACGCAGCUCGCUGAGGAGGGGCAGCCAGUGCUCGCGCAGCAGCGUUGGGAUGAGCUGCUUUCUGACAUGUUUGCCGCGACUGAGGGGGCCAAGGUGAUCCCUUCCGCCGAGUUGCGACAGCUUUUUGAACCCUCGGAGCUUGCCCUGCCCCUUGACUUUGAGCGCUGUAUCGAGUAUGUGCCGACGGACCGUUGGGUCAUUGAUAAGCUACGCAAGUUGCCGCAGGGGAAGGCUCCAGGGCUGGGCGCGAUUACGUUUGACCUCCUGCGGGCCGCGCCACCGGAGGUAGCGAGGGGUUCGAGGCCAGGCAAUUCGUUGGCCGACUUCUUCUACAAUGUCAUGUUCACUUUCGUCCUGGGGGAUGCGGAUGCGAGACUGGCCCAUGAGGGCCUGUCCGUCGCGCUAGGGGGUCCCGAGCAGGAAGGGGUGCUGCUCCCUGUCCAACAACAGGACGGCACACUCGUGGAUUCGACGUAUGCGGAUGACGCGGUCUUCCCGUGCGUGCCUGCCUCAAACGAGACACUCGUGCACGACGUCCAGAAGGUUCUGGUCGCUAUCAGGGGUAGGAAUAAGCAGUGGACGGAGCGGCACCUCUUUGUUGAGAAGGAGGGGCGGGUGUACCCCCCCGAGCUUGAUGCGCGCAUGCAGGUGGUUCGGCAGGAGAAGUCCCUUGGCACUAUUGUUUCGGGGGACCUGGAUUGGGGCCCAGAGGUGGCCCAGAGGAAAGCUUUUGCUCUGGCCCCCCUGCGGCCGCUGACGCGGGCGGUGUUCAAGGCCCCGCAGAUCCCACUGGCCCCGAAGUUGCAGCUUGCGGGGUCCCUCGCCUUGUCUUGUCUUCUGUUCAAUGCUGGGCUCUGGCACGGGGUCGGGGCCAAAGCGUGGGCAUCUCUAAAGGCUACAUGCACCGACGCUCUUCGGCGUGCACAGGUGGUGGAUAUGAGAGGCGCGGCCAGUGAGAGGUCUGCCCCUUCCCUGGAGGAGGUGCUCUAUGGAGCCGUGAGGGCUCCAUUAGACAGCCAUCUGUGGUACCGGCGCCUGGUGUACCUCCCCCGCCUGCUGCGCAAGUCGCCCAGGCAGCUCCUGUGGGUGCUCGACGGCCAGUUCCAGCAGCAGGCUUCGUGGAGCCAUAGGCUCAUCGGUGACAUAAAUAUUCUCAGGCAGUUCACCCCCAGUGCGGAAAAGCUACCCCAGGCAUGGCAGGAGGCGAUAGCUCUUGCCAGGUCGCUCCCCCUAGUGUUCGUGCGCAUUGUCCGUGUGGCGUGGAAGGGGCGGAGGCCUCCCCGCCCGUCCCAGCGCGUGCAGGUCCUGGAGAUGAAGCGGCCGAGCCCGUGGGGCCCCCCUGCGGCGCUCUCCAGGGCGCGCGGGUGCGCCGCGCCGCGGAUGGGCGACGACGGCGCCGAGGGGACGGCGCCGCAGCUCGACCCGCUGGAGGCCGCGCGGGGGUCGCCCAACGACGCGCCGCCGCCCGCGGGGGUGGGGGCUCCGCCGCCCCCCGCGGACUCCCCGGUGCAGCUCUCUCGGGCGGGAUCGCCGGGGGCUCCCGAUGAGGCGGCGCGGCCCCCCGAGGGGCCGCCGUACACGCUGGCGAGCACCUGCCCGCCCCGCAUCGGCGCGGAGGCGGCCGUCCCGGCCGAGGCGCCGCUGCUGGCCGCCGCGCCCAGGCCCGGGGCGGGGGCGGUCGUCUUGGCGCCGCCGCCGCCGCCGCUGCGGGCUGCGUUCGGGCUCGGCGCGGACACCGCCCGACUUGCCGAGGCCGAGGGGGCACCCCGCGAUGGGCCCGCGGAGGCCUCGGCCUCAAGGCCGCAUGGCGAGGGCGGCGAGGCCUCUGCGGCGGAGGGCGGCGGGCAGGGCCCCGGCGACGGCGCGCAGGACGGGUCCCAGGCGAGCGUCGACGUGCUGGCCGACGGGGGCGCAGCGGGCAGCCAGGUGGGCGGUGAACGCUGCGAAGGGCCUCUCGCCGGCAGUGCGCAGGGAGUGCGCGGAGGCGGCGGCGUGGCCAACGGCGAGGCCGCGGCGGUCCCGCAGCAGGCUGGGGAGGGCGGGCUCGCAACCAGCGAGGCUGCGCCGGGCGAGGCCGCGGCGGGCGAGGCUGCGCCGGGCGCGGCCGCGGCGGAGGAGGAGCGGCGGCCAGACGAGGGCGCGGCGCCCGCAGCGGUCGAGUCGCUGGAAGUGGCGCAGGCGGGCCAGCACGACCCCAGGCCGAAGCCCAGAGGAGGGUGGAAGCUGUUCGUGAUGCGGCGCCCGCUCCUCGUCAUGCUGCUGACGCACCUGGGCGUGUGGGGUGCGUGCGCUGCCCUCUACUUGCAGCAGAGCGCUGGGGCGCUGAACACCGACUUCGACAGCUUCACGCGUGCCAGCAGCCAGGAGUCGCUGAGCUUCGACGCGUUCGUGCACGCCUGGGUGAUCUACCGCAAGGACGGCGGCAACGUCUUGGAGCCUGCGUCCCUCUACGCGAUCCGCCAGUUCGAGAGGAAGCUGCGCGCCCUGCCCCGUUGGCGGGACCUCUGCAGCGGCGCCGUCGCCGCGUGCGACCCCGGCGAGUCCAUCGCUUCCUACCUGUGGCCCGAGCGGCUCGAGAACGACAGCAGCCCCGACGUCGAACUGCUGCUGGGCGGCGGGGGGGCCCGGCUGCUGCCAGUCGAGACGGUGCUGGCGUCGUGGAGCGAGGACGGCGACAUCGUCGACCGGCUGAGCCGUCUCCUGCCGACCGGCUUCGUCGCGCCCGUCGGCGGGGAAAGGGCCAGCAGCGAGAUGGUCCGCAGCUUCUUCGAGUUCCAGGUCCCCUACGGCCCUGGACAGGCCCGCAGCAGUGAGACCGCAGCAGAGGAGUUUUACGUCGCACUCCUGGACGAGGUCGUCCACCCGGCGCUCAUCGAGAAAGACGAAAUCAUGGAGGGCGAGGGCAUCAGCGUGUAUUAUUGGAGCGAAGAGCUGGACAGGAUCGACAUCUUCUACGCCUUGCGAGUCGACUUGCUGAUGGCUAUUGGCGGCAUUGUUCUCGUCUUUGUCGUGGUGCGACUGCACACCGGCUCAAUCUGGCUAUCUGUGGUCGGCCUGUUUUUGGUCCUGGAGUCCAUCCCGAUUGCCUACGUCUUGUUCAAGCAGAUCUCUGGUCUGAAGGAUGCAAGCAUCAUGAACACGAUUUCGCUCUUCGUGAUUAUCGGGAUCGGCUCCGACUUGAUCUUUGUUCUGACCGACGGGUGGUACAUCUCCAGUUGGGCGCUCCAAGAGCAGCUGGACUCCUUCAACCAGCUGUCCCCGCCCGAGCAGGCCAUCCUCCAGAUCUCGUGGCUCUUGAGGAACAGUGGAGCUUCCUGCGUGACCACAUCGAUCUGCUCUGCCACGAGCUUCCUGGUGAAUCUGGGCAGCGUGCUGCUGCCUCUGCGCGAGUUCGGGCUGUUCAUGGGCCUCUGCGUGCUCUGCGUGCUGCUGCUGCAGAUGACGAUGUACCCCUUGGCCAUGGUCUCCCUCUGGGGCUCGCGCUGCGCCCCGCAGCCGAUCGAGCUGACCCCCGUGGAGCCCGGCCAGGAAGACUCCUCCGUGCUUCGCACCGACUUCGCCAAGCGGGACUCCCUGCAGAGGACCACGGAUUCCGACGAGCUGCGGCGCCUGUCCUCAAACAGGAUCAAGCUGCUUGCGUUCUUUGUUCUCUUUGCGAUAGUGGGGCUCGUCGGCGUCCUAUCCAUGAUCAGAGUGGAUAGCGGCUUGCCCGUCAUCUUCCCAGACAGCCAUAACCAGGUGUCUGGCUUGAGAUACAGAGAGCAGUUCGACGAUGUGAUAGGGCUGGCAGCCGUGUCUGUCCUCCACAAGCCGUGGUUGCGCGACCUGACCUCGGAGCCACACUCAGGAUGCCAAGACUUAGAUUACAGAUGCGGCCAGUUCGUGUUUCCAGAUGCCUGCCCCAGCUUCGCGCACCCGGUUUGCAGGAACCCCCGGGUGGAUGACUAA